GUCUAGUACAUUAAGCAGUAUAUAUUCUAACAAUAUAUCACGAGGCCCACGUGGGGUAAGCGUAAUCACCAAAAAAUGUGUUUGAGAGACUUCCCCCGUACUCUAGGUUUCAACGAUACGGCAUCCCCUACACUCAGCCACCGACGGAUCCAACGCGUCUCAGGGCGACUGGUUCCUCGAUAGCUUCACCCAUUUCCAGGCCUCCAGAAGCGCCGAAAUUCUUGUCGUCAUGGGCACUCCGGCCGACGCGUUGCCGCAGCCGCUCAGCGAAGACGCCAUCCAUGCACUGCUGCGGGCGAAGGGCCUCCCUAAAGCCACAUCCGUCAUAUCCCCCAAGGUGACGGCGCAGUACCACGCCAUCUACUUCAUCACGCUUCCCGCCUCCGAGGCAUCGCGCGGCCACUCCGAGCUAGUCCUUCGCGUGUCGGGCCGCCACCUUCCCAGCAUCAAGACCAAGAAUGAAAUAGGCAUCAUGACCUGGAUCGCCAAGUACACCACAAUUCCCAUCCCAGCCUGGAUAGCGUACGACGCUUCCGAGGAGAACCUCAUCGGCCACGAGUACAUCUUGCUCUCUCGCGUCCGCCUGCUUCGCCUCGCCUUUGCAGGAGAGCAUGCAGACGGUGGCCGACUUCCUGCGCGCCAUCGUCGAGGUCUCCCCGCGGGGCCAACGGCAGGAUCUCGUACAGGUUUGGAAGGCUACGGUACUGCAGAAUCUGGAGCCUUUUGGCGCUUAGCGACUACGGAGCAACGUGCGGCAAGGGGUAUCGAAUAGAAUCUUGGAGGAGCACAAGGGUAGGCAGGUAGUGGCCGAGAGAAGCGAGGGCAGUGAGACUGUUGAACUGCUUUUCUCACAUGGCGGGACAGUGUCGGACCCGGCCCUGCGCCUGACUCUACUUGACGUGGGCACCGAGAGCGAGCCAGUCAGCAUUUGCCAGCGGCUCCUCGG